UUACCAGGAAGAAGACGCCCCCCCUCCAUCCACAGAGCUAGCAGCCGAAGCUAAGCUAACACACAACGUAAACACUGGAGCACCUCGGCGGAGACCGACACCUUUCCCCGGGGUAACUUGUGUGUUUCCCCGCCGCCCCGGUUCCUCGGACCCCGCCCCACACGAUGCGGUAGUUCGGCCCGACGUGUUUUGUUUUUUUCCCCAGCCAUGUUCGCGUGGAUCUCUGGAUUUACCCCGAAGCUGCGCUGCUAACUAGAUGCCCAUGAUUCAGCUGGAGAAGCCAGUGCUGACUGGUACCAUGCCAGUGGUAUGGCCCACCAUCCUUGACCUGGGCAGGGAUGAGUGCAAAAGAAUUCUCCGUAAACUGGAGCUGGAGGCCUACGCCGGGGUUAUCAGCGCACUGAGAGCCCAGGGAGACCUGACCAAGGAGAAAAAGGAUCUUCUAGGAGAACUCACUAAAAUCCUCGGAAUCUCAACUGAGCGCCAUCGUGCAGAAGUUCGCCGGGCUGUCAAUGAUGAGCGCCUCACUACAAUUGCUUAUCACAUGUCCGGUCCUAACAGCUCGUCUGAAUGGUCCAUCGAAGGACGCCGGCUCGUUCCCUUGCUGCCGAGGCUGGUCCCUCAAACAGCUUUUACUGUCACUGCUAACGCGGUGGCCAGCGCCACGGCCAAUCAGAACGCCUCCCUUCUGUUGCCGGCUGAAACAGGAAACAAAGAAGUGGUCGUAUGUUACUCCUACACAAGCACCACCUGCACCUCCACCAACGCUACAUCGACCAGCGGCGCGAUGGGAGCAGCGGUGAAGUCACCACGACCACCCAGCCCCUCGUCCAACGUGGUGGUGCUGCCCAGCGGGAGCACAGUCUAUGUGAAAAGUGUGAGUUGUUCUGACGAAGACGAGAAGCCUCGCAAGCGGCGGCGAACCAACUCGUCCAGCUCGUCGCCGGUGAUGCUGAAGGAGGUUUCCAAGAUUUCUCCGCAGGUUUCCAAGAGCAUCACGGUGCCAAUGGGCAGCAGCCCCAAGAUGAGCAACAUCAUGCAGAGCAUCGCCAACUCGCUGCCGCCUCACCUGUCCCCCGUCAAGAUCACCUUCACCAAGCCGACCAUCCAGACCACCAACACCACUACGCAGAAGGUGAUCAUCGUGACGACUUCCCCGAGCUCCAACUUUGUGCCCAACAUCCUGUCCAAGUCUCACGCCCACAACAACGCCGCCUUGUCCAAGCUGGGCGCCUCCACCAUGCUGACCGCGCCCACGCAGAAACAGACGGUGGUGUUCCCCUCCACCAACCCCAACACCAUCGCCGUGACAUCAGUGGUCUCCUCCAGUCCGUCGGUGGUCAUGUCAACGGUCGCACAAUUGUUCACUGCCGUAGGUUCUGGUUCGGCUGGAGUGAAGGUGGCGUCAGCCCGACUUCCUUCACCCAAGACACUGGUGGGCUCACCCACUCAAAUCCUGGCCCAGUUCUCCAAACAGCACUCACCCAAACACCUGCAGCAGGGCUCGCCUUUAGGAGUCGCCGGCAUCGGUCAGACCCAGACCACGUCCUGCUUAACUGGAACCAAGCCGACCAUCCAGAUCAAACAGGAGUCCGGAGUGAAAAUCAUCACUCAGCAGGUUCAGCCCAGUAAAAUCCUGCCCAAGCCGUCGUCAGUGGCUCUGUCCGGCAGCAGCUCGUCUCCCAUCAUGGUCGUCAGCAGCAACGGAGCCAUCAUGACCACCAAGCUGGUCACUCAGCCCACAGCUUCCCAGGGAACCUACACUCGACCCACUGUCGGCACCAACAUCGGAGCAAGAAUAACAGCCUCUGGCGGGGGGGCUACCUACGUGAAGACCACCAGCGGCAGCAUCAUCACCGUUGUGCCCAAGUCGCUGGCCACUCUGGGCGGGAAAAUCAUCAGCAGCAACAUCGUGUCUGGCACGACGACGAAGAUCACGACCAUCCCCAUGACGUCCAAACCGAACGUCAUCGUGGUGCAGAAAACGACGGGAAAAGGAGCGACCAUCCAGGGGCUGCCGGGCAAGAACGUGGUCACCACACUUUUAAAUGCGGGGAGACAUACGUGUGUUUCUGCUUUGCCUCAGGGUGAGAAGAGCUUACAGGCCGUUCAAGGGACCAAGCCAGCGAUCAUCACCGCCUCCAGACCCAUCACCAAGAUGAUCGUCACCCAGCCCAAAGGCCUGAGCGCUGGAUCCGUGGCCACCGCCACCAAGAUCAUCCCAACCAAGAUCGUCUACGGCCAGCAGGGCAAGACGCAGGUUCUCAUCAAGCCCAAGCCCGUUUUCCAGACGGCGGUGGUGAGCGAACAGACCAGGCAGCUGGUCACAGAGACGCUGCAGCAGGUGACGCGCGCCGCAGAGGUGGGUCAUGUUCUGGCCUCCUGCUCGGACGGGUCCACGAAGGACGAGGUCGCCAGCUUCACGGAGGCGAGCAGCUUAGCAGGCGAGGCCUCACACGGCAGCGUUCAAGAAAUGCACCCUGUAGUGCACGUGUUGUCCUCCAGAGAGCAGGAUUGGACCGAGCAGGAAGUAUCAGUGGAGUCCACUCCCACUAUCAUCUAUCAGGAGGUGACAGCAGGGGAAUCCCAGUCAGCGACCUCCACUAUCAAAGCUCUGCUGGAGCUGCAACAAAUUACUGUGAAGGAGAAGGGCGAGGCCAAACUGCGGCAGCACACUAUCGACCUGAGCCAGCUGGCCGUGCCCAUCCAGCUGACCCAGGAGAAGAGGCCCAGCGCCGAGUCGCCCAGACCCUCCACCUCAGAGGCGGAGCCCAGCACCGAGUUCCUCGCGACAGGUAAAGUCAGCAGAGUUGGCGAGGAUCACAACUUCAAACCAGCCGCCGUCUCGGCAGCAGCUGCAGCAGCUGCAGCUUCGCACGUCAGCCACAUGGCGUCUGAAAGUAAAACUGUGUUGGAGGUGGGGGAUCUGGAGGGCGACACCUUGGACCCUCAGACGGGCUUGUUCUACCGCUCCUCUCAACCAGCGGCAGAUCCCGUGAAGCCAACUUCCAGCUCAGUAGGUGCUCAGCCGCCACCUUUGAGCCAGGCAGAGGCCGAGCAGAGCCGGCACACCUCCACCUCCGCCCAGGCGGCGCCGCCGCCACCGCCACCACCUCAACUGCAGAGCAAACCUCAGAUGAGCCAGCCUUCCUCUUCCUCCACUGCCUUCCCCUCCACCCCCCCUCUGACCAAGAAACUCCCCAAACUACGAGAGCAGACUCUGCCCAAACCCCAGACCCUAACCCAGAGCCCUAAGGACAGACCGCUGCCUGCACCAGCCCAGUUAGUAGCCAAGGUCGUGACCCCGAGCCCGCCGACCAAGCUCCUGGUGACACCGCAGCUCCCCAAGCUCCAGCAAGCGCCCACGUCCCACCACAGACCCCUGCACACGCCCAUGUCCCACCCUCCUCCACUGCAGGCGCACCACCCUGUCAGCACGGAAAAGACGGUGUCCAGUCAGCAGCCGAUCAUCACACAGAGCGCCACUGUCACCAAGAUCACCUUCGGCAGUUCCCACCAUUCAUCGCCGGUCUUCAGCAGCGCAGAGGCCACGGCCAAACUGGUCCCCGAGUCCAGCUCCGGGCCCCCGGGAGCCAAACCCUCGGUGUCCGACAUCCUGAAGAUCUCUAUGAUGGAGGCGGAGAUCGACCCGAGCACGGAGCCCAUGGUGGUGGAUUCCUCCAGCGACUGCGGCCCUCUGGGUAAAGCCCUGGCGGUGCAGGCUGUGUCCGGCACGCUGGACUCGGGCCAGUUCAUCAGCAGCUCCGGGGCCGCCAUGCAUCACUCCCACGCCAAGACGCAGCAGUUCAGCUGCAUGCCGGGCCUCACCGCACAGAGGAGCAAGGCAGACCUGGAGGUAAUCGAGGUGAUUCCUCAGUACUCCAUCCUGCCGGACUCCAGCCAGUCCAACGUGGUGGUGGAGCCCAGCGGCUUCCUGGAGAUCACCAACUACACCAGCCAGCAGCUGGAGGAGGACAGCCCCAUGGAGCAGGAGGUGGACAGCAGCAACGACGAGGCCGCGGCCGCCAGCCCCCCCGACCAGCCGUAGUCUCCCCACGCGGGACCCUUCGACUGAGGCCUCCGACCCAGCAGACAAACACCCACUGGUUGUUUUUCCUGACAACAGCGAGAAUGUUUUCAGUCGUGUAAAAUAUGAAUUUGUUCAUAAUAAGCCUAGUAUUAUUUUUCUUCCUCCCCACAACUAACGGCACAUGUGGUUUUUAUUGGCAGCGAGAUGUGCUGCUCGUAAAAAUAAUGUGGGAGUGAGGUGAAAGGAUUCCGACGGUUGGACAGAUCCGAACCGACCUGAUGGUUCCAGCGUGUUCACUUUGUUACUUACAGGACUUUGUGAGACAUUUACACGUUUAUGAAAUGAUUUGUUUGGUGCAGUGUCAAAUCAUCAAAUUUCACAAACACACUUUCCACCAGCCGGAGGUCGUCCAGUGUUUCAAUUCACGCUUAAAAAAAAAUCAUGUUACCCAGAAAACUUCGGCGACAUGUAUUUUUGUAGAAAGUGUCUCAGCUGUUGGAUUUUCUUCUGUGGACGAAUCGAAGGUUUUAAUCAUGAGAUGAACUUUGUAACGGUGGAUUUAAAGUUUUCUCAGAAAGAGAAGCUGGAGCAGGAGGAGCCACAGACGAGUCCCGGAGGAAUCAUCGAGUCCAACAUUAUGUGUUACUGCUCAUUUUAAGUGUAAAAAAAAAUACAAUGAAUUAAGAAAUGUACCUUUUUUCUUUUUUUUUUGUAAGAUAUAUUCUGGAGUUCAAAAAAGUUUGCUGUGAAACUUUCACCACGUAUGAAUUUGCAUAGAGAGUUUGAACUAUGCAUUUCUUUUAUACCUUUUUCGAAACUAGACGACUUGUUGAGAGGAAUCAUUUAAUCUGCACAAUAAAUCGGCUCAGUAGAA